AAUCUCGUUUUAUAUCUGCCGCAUCAUCACGAUUCGAUUCAGGCAUAAGCUUAAAGCUUAAGCUUCUCUUUGUUCCCCUAAACAUCGCUUUCGUCGAGAUUGCUCUCUAGGGUUUCGAUCCUCCUUAACUCUUUUUUUUUUUAAAUUGAUUCCUCGGGAUUCGAUUCCGUUUCCUGUCUUUCCCCUCCGUCAAUUUCGCCUCGAUUCUCUCCAUUGCGGGGGUCCCCAUCACCCUUUCUGAUCUCGGCUUGGUCUCGGGAGAAAAAGCUCUCUUCUUUUUCGUUAUGAUUCCCGAGGAGAAAGAGCCUUCCUGAAAGACUGAUCCUUUCACUUCUUAUAUAUGUAAGUGACUUCUGGAUGUGUGGUUGCUAUCUCUGUUUCGAUGAGGAAGAAGCGGAAAGGUAGUAGCGAAGAAGCCGAAGCUCAAGGAGAAGGUUCGGAUGGUUUAUCAUGUGCAACACGAUCUUCCAACUUCAGGUCACACUUCUCGCUAGAAGGCUAUGCUAGACUCAAGAAGCGCUGCAAGGAGAAUGACUACGAGGACGACUCUGCUGGUUCCUUCAAGAGACGUCUCGCCGGCGUCGCUACUGCCCCACCUUGCGGAGCCUCGUCUCUCGUUUCCUCGGGGAGAGGCUUGAAGAGGAAGAUUGGGUGCAUUGAUGUCUCCACUCAGACUGGUAGGAAGAACAAGAUCGACGAUGAUUAUGUUUUUGGUCCUAACAUCGGGAAAGGCAAGUUCGGGUCGGUUAGGAUCUGUAGGUCGAGGACUAAAGGGAUUGACUUUGCUUGUAAAACUCUCAAAAAGGGAGAGGAGACUGUUCAUAGGGAGGUUGAGAUUAUGCAGCAUUUGUCUGGUCAUCCUCGUGUUGUCACGCUGCACGCUGUGUAUGAGGAGUCUGAUUGUUUUCAUCUCGUGAUGGAGCUGUGUUCCGGGGGACGUUUGAUUGAUCAGAUGGAUAAGGAAGGUAGGUACUCUGAGCAGCGAGCGGCUAAUAUAUUCAAGGAUCUCAUGCUGGUUAUCAGUUAUUGUCAUGAGAUGGGAGUUGUGCAUAGAGAUAUCAAACCUGAGAACAUUCUACUAACAUCUGCUGGGAAGAUUCAGCUCGCUGAUUUUGGCCUCGCCAUGAGAAUUGCAAAAGGUCAGACAUUGUCUGGAUUGGCAGGGAGUCCUGCUUAUGUAGCACCUGAAGUUCUUUCUGAAAGUUAUUCAGAGAAAGUUGACGUUUGGAGUGCGGGAGUCCUAUUAUACGCUCUCUUGUCUGGUGUGCUCCCGUUUAAGGGAGACUCUUUGGAUGCCAUUUUCGAAGCGAUCAAGAAAGUGAAGCUCGAUUUCAACUCGGGAGUGUGGGAGUCCGUCUCCAAACCAGCUCGUGAUCUAUUGGCGAGAAUGCUAACAAGGGAUGAAUCUGCCAGGAUCACAGCGGAUGAAGUGCUAAGGCAUCCAUGGAUACUCUUUUACACAGACCGGACACUCAAGACAAUGAGUAUUAAAUCGAAGUACAAGGGUCUAAUAGCAGGAACUUCUCCUCCCUGCCUUCAGCUUCGCAAUCCGAUAAAGAAUACUGACGUAAACAGAGGUAACAGAGAGAAGAUGACAGCAUAUGAUGAUUCACCACCGACUGAUUCAUUCUCCAACACAGAGGAGGAGGAGGAAGAAGAUGAAAGCGGUGUGGUCGAUGUGCUUGUGGUUGCAAUCUCCAACGUGAGGAUCUCAGAACCAAAGAGAAGCAGACUCUGUAGUCCCACCAACAGCCCCAUUGAGCAGCAACACUCUUCUAACUUGACCACUACUAAUACACUCUGUCGAGCCUUCUGACGCUAAACCAGCUUCACUCACUCACUCGUCCAAAUCUCUUUAAGUCACACGGGUUUGUCCCUGAUAUAUGAUGAUCUUAGUUACUGUCAUAAAAUCAUCGUAAUAGCUCUCUCUCUCUCUAAUAGUUGGAUUUGAUCUGAUUCUGGUUUUUUCCUUCUACAUUUCUGACUUUGCUGUAGAUAUGUAUCUUCAUGUAAAUAGAAUACGCUACAAGUGUUUGAUCCUUUUCUGUCUCGUCAUUUUUAACCGGGGCGACAAGGCCACUACUUACAGGCAAAUAACAAAUUGUCUGAACAAUCAAUGUUGUGGCAUAUGUAUAACAUUGUUAUCCAUGAGUUUUUUCUUUGUGUUCAA